AUGAACGCAGCUCAAAAGUUAAAAUCCAAACUUUCAAAAGCAACACAAAAGACAACAAAAGCACCAUCAACUUCGGAUUCCAAGGUUGAAAAGAAGAGUACCAAAACCACCAAAAAAUCAAAAGAUUCUAAAAAGGAUGAAUCAUCAUCAUCGGUAGCUAUUGGAAAAAAUAUUGUGGAUAACAACACAUCGGAAAGUCCGAUCCAUGAGGUCAUGCUCGAAAUUUGUACAGGCUCCUAUGACUCUCGAUUUGUUGGUUUUUGUUUCAGAUAUUUCACCAGUAAUGAUCCCAAUUUUGAAACAGUUCUUGAUUUGCCAAAAGCAGAAUUACUCAAAUUUUCGGAACAACAAAAACUCGAAGAACAACCAAUUAUUACGACUUCAUUUGCUACGAAACCACAUUCUGGAAGUAUUAAUCAACUUUUAUCAACAAGGAAAUAUGUAAUUACCGCUGGAUAUGAUGAACUAGCACUCGUCUAUGAUUUGGUAACAAGAAGAGAGUUAAGAUCAAUACCUCUGCAACAAGGAAACAUUCUUGAUGUUGGUUCAUUGAAGGAUCAAUAUACAGUUUUUGCUACAGCUAAUGGAAUUAUAAGUUUACAUGCUGGAGCUAAAUAUUCUUUCACACCUGUUUGGGAAAAGGUGGCUCACAAAGGACCUGUAGCCAGCGUAGCAAUUCAUCCUUCAGGAAGAUUAUUGUUCUCUGUCGGUCAAAACGAUAACAAAUUGAGAGUUUGGGACAUGAUUAAGGGAAGUUUGGCGUAUACGGUCAAUUUGGGUAAACACAGUGCCGAGAGGAUUAGAUUUUCUCCCAAUGGAACUCAUUUCUUCAUUCACUACAGGACCGAAGUGAUCGUUUAUGACACUGAAUCACUUGAUGUCAUUUAUACUCUUGCUCACGACCAAAAUGUUACAUCAGCCAUUCACAUCAAUGACGACUACAUCGCCACAGGAGCUCAAGAUGGUAAAAUCACUGUAUGGGAUUUAGAAGAGGGGCAGUGUCUUCAAGCAUUGGAAUUGCAUGAAAGUAGAAUCAAAGCAUUGGAUGUGAAAGAGGUGAAUGUUGGUGAAUUUUGUCUUGUGGCUGCCUCAUCGGAUGGUGGCUUGUCCUUAUGGCGACUCUAUUUACUGAAUGAUGAAAUCCCACCUGCACUAUUGUUCUAUGAAGUGUUUAACGUAAGACUAACGAGUGCUUGUUUAUGGGUUCACUACAGUACUGAGCAUGCAGCAUUCAUGAAGAAUCGAAGAGCAUUACUUCAAGCCAAGCUUGGAAUUGAGUCCACACAAGAGGAAGAGGAGGAAGAAAUUGAAGAUGAAGAGGAAUCUUAUGAAAUGGAGGACGAUGACGAAAUUGAUGAGGGUGAAGAAGAAGAGGACGGUGACGAUUCCAUGCAAGAUGAUGAUGACGAAAUUUAA